AUGGUGAACAUUGAGGCAAACCGGGCCGAGGAACUUGAAAUUAUUCUCAAGGAGCUGUCGUCGAAAAUCGUCGACUACGUCAAAUUAGCCGACUCUCCCGAGGGCAGCGUUGGAAAAUACCGGGAUCCCCGCGAGCUGUCUGAUUCGUUGAAGGUUGCAGUCAGUGACAAGGGAGAAGGAAUUGCCGGGUUGCUCGAGUCUGCAGACCUUUUGCUGGACAAUUCGGUUGUUACCUGGCACAAAAACUUCUUGGAAAAGCUCUACGCAGGCACCAAUCCAGUAGGGAUUGCCAGCGAUCUGCUGCUUUCUGUCCUGAACACAAACUCUCACGUCUUUACAGCUUCUCCCGCGCUUACUGUUAUUGAAAGAUACAUCGGCAAGACAUAUGCUGGCCUUUUUGGCUUCAAUGGUCCCCAUGCCGGCGGCUUGACCUUCCCCGGUGGCUCGUAUUCUAACAUCACGAGCAUGCAUAUGGCACGCAGUUUGUUGCAUGAGGGGACCAAGUCGAAAGGUGUGUACAACACCAAGCUUGCAUGUUUUACUAGCUCCCAUUCUCAUUAUAGCAUUGAAAAGGCUGCGAUCCUGCUUGGACUCGGCUCUGAAUCACUGUUCAAAGUAAAUGUAUUUGAAACGGGCGAGAUGGACGUCGAGGACCUGAAAGUGCAAAUUUCCAAGGCCAAAGAGCAGGGAUUCACCCCGUUCUACAUCAAUGCCACUGCUGGUAGCACUGUGUAUGGCUCUUUUGACGAUUUCGAGGCCAUCGCCGAUGCAGCCGAGGCCAACGACAUGUGGAUGCAUAUUGAUGGGUCCUGGGGUGCCAACGUGAUUUUCAGCGACAAGCAGAAACACAAAAUGAAGGGCAGUCAUAGAGCCAACUCUCUGACGGUCAAUCCCCACAAAAUGCUCGGCGUUCCUUGCACUUGUUCAUUCUUAUUGAUCCCGAAUGAUAGACAAUUCCAAGAUUCGAACUCGCUGCAGGCUCCUUAUUUGUUCCAUACGGCCAGUGACGACGACGACAACUUCGAUCUAGCCGACGGCACCAUGGGAUGUGGCCGCCGUGCUGACGCUGUCAAGUUGUAUCUGGGCUGGCAAUACUACGGUAGCUCUGGCUAUGGUCAGCGGAUUGAUCAUGCAUUCGAGAUGACCGCUUAUCUCGCCGAAAAAAUUGCCAAGGACAGAGAGUUUGAGCUGUUGUCUACAAACCCUCCUCCUUGCUUGCAAACAUGCUUUUUCUACCAUCCGCCUGGACUUGAGGCAACCAAGGAAAACAACACCAUGGCCACCAGGGCCAUUGUUAACCGCAUUUUUGCCAAAGGCAAGUUUUUGGUUGACUACUCGCCGCAUCCCACCAAAGGCGAGUUUUUCCGUGUCGUUUUGAACGCCCCCAGUGUCGACAAAGAGAGCCUCGAUUCGCUGGUCGAGGAAAUCAAAAUCGCCGGAUCUGAGCUGUUUGCUUAA